AAGAAGAAGAAGAACGGCUUGACACAUUCGAGAAAGACUUGACUUUUAAGGAAUAAUAGUGUUGGUGUGGCUGGCGGAAGCCCUCGCUUUAGGUCGUGAUCAAGUCGCCCUUUGUCAACAACCUCUGGCAUUUUCUGAACCUCCGCCAGCAUCAUCAUCAUCAUCAUCAUCAUCAUCACCAUCAUCAUCCACACCAACGAGAGCAACAAGCAUGAAGAAGAGCAACUCGUCUAGUCUGGGAUUGGGACCAAAUGAAGUCGGGAGUGAGAACAAUCUGUUAAACCCGAGUGCCAGCUCAGCCUAUGACCUUCAUUUGCGCAUGUCCGCGGCUGCCACGUCAGUGCACCAUUCACACCUCCACGGACACGCGCAUAACCCGUUCUUGGAUCCCCUGGGCAUGCACCACCAAGUUCAGCAACACCAACAGGCCUAUCAAGGACAUCACCCUCACUUGGGGGGCGGUCCGGGAUUGGGCAAUAACGGGGGCCCCUCUGGCUCCGGCAACCACCCAGGCAGUGGCGGCGGUGGGGCCAGUGGUGGAGGCAGUGCCGACCCUGGAGGCCUGCAUCAGCUGACAUCGGCUGGCCCGGCUGGCCCGGCCAACGCGUCCUCGGGCUCGGUACUAACGGGUGGGUCCAUGGACGGGAAGCUGUCUCGCCCCAUUUCGCCGGCCAUGAUCCAAUGCGGAAUCACAGAUGAGGAGCUGGUCACCUUGUCGGUCCGUGAUCUGAACCGGCAACUCAAAAUGCGCGGUUUGAACCGCGACGAGAUCACCACCAUGAAGCAGAGACGCCGGACGUUGAAGAAUCGGGGUUACGCGGCUAGUUGUCGAAUCAAACGCCUGGAACAAAAAGGAGACCUCGAGCACGAAAAGGGCAAGGAAUACGAGAACCUCGAUCAAGUCCAGACAUUCAACGCAUGGGCGAGGAAGUCCAAGGUCUGCACCGCAAAUUCGACGCCUUGAAACGGUUCGCCAACCAGAAGAAGAUCCGGCUACCCGUGGAAUUCGAACAGUAUUAGAGCCAGGAAGCCGUCAGGCCUCUCAUAAUUCCACGUACCAUAAUGACCUCAUACUUUCAUGUCCAUUCCAAGUGUGUUUAUUUCUAUUGAUGCUCCCAUUGAGUGAGAGUGGCUGGCUCAAUACCGCACACAAACACACACACACACACACACACAGGCACGCACCACCCGCUUGAGAAACACGUUUUCCCGUAAGGGGCGCUGCUCAAUGAGAACCGGCCAGAUUCAUGACUCGAGGAGUCAAGGAGUCGAGCAGUCGAGCAGUCGAGCAGUCGCUUUUCUUGAGUUCAAGUUCGUGAGUGAGUGCGUGCAUGCGUGCGCAUUGUUUGUUUAGUUUGAUCCAUUCAUUGGAGGGUAAUUAUCACUCCGCCUCGUUCCUGUAAAAAGUACUGUGAUCUGCCCCGAGGACUGGAACCAUGAAGAUCACGAAUCUCGUUUUGAAUGGUGGAACAACCACCACCACCACCACCACCACCACCACCACCACCACCACCCGGUCCAAAAGGGCCCUCAGAACGAAGGGAGUGGGAACGGUUGGUUUUCCAAACAAGAGCAAGAAGAACCUGGAAGAAGAGAUGAGAAAAGAAACAAGUGCCAGACACCGUGAAGAUGACGUGUUUCCCCGUUAACCUGCAUCAACAUUGCUGAACACGUUUGGAGCCAAUUUGAUUUGGGUUAAUGGUCGGAGCACGUCAUAUCAGAGCCACGAGGUCCAAGUCUUCUCUUUCCCAUGUCCAUGCAGCCAGUCCGUAUGCAUAAACGAGUAAGUCUCCAUCGACUCGAUCCAAAUCCAGUUCUCUUGUAUCACCUUUGAUGAAAUAAACAAAGUUCUCUACGCAUC